CUUCCACUCGGGUGAAAAAGACGUGCGCACUUUUGCAUUUCUUCUCUCAAUGUAGUUUCAUUGAAUCAUCCUCCCGAAAUUCUGAUAUUCGCAGUUUGAUUUUCUUCGAUAUUACAUUAUUACAUCAAACCAAUAUUAAAAAUGGCAUUGGAUGGUCCAGAUAUUGAACAAUUAAUUAACGAAAUACGAGCCGAACGACGUUGGAGAGAUGAUGGUGCUGGUAACAAUAAGGAAUUUUGGGAUCAUAUCGAAAAAGAGUUAUCCAGCUGGACGCAACGGAUGAUUAAACUAUGUAAUGAGAAGAAAUACGAUGAUCACGAGAAAGUAAUCAAAGAAAUUGUGGAAUUAAGAAAUCAUAUCGACAAUAUUUUCCCGAAGAGUGUUGAUACAUUCGUCAUCGAUGCGUUUGACGUGGGACCUCAUAGAGUAAUUGCUGAACAUUACUAUUCACCACAACCAUUUUAUCCCAAUGACAAUUUUACGUCAUUACGGAAGCAUGUCAAAUUUACGAUUUUCGUGGGAAAUCAAGUGAUUCGGCGCUUCUUUCUUGAAAGUUCACAUUAUGAGCGCUUGAAUUAUGUGUUGGGAAGUUCAUCGGUUGAUUACAGACAACACCGACAGCACAGUCAUUACAUGGAUAUUCGACCCACUUAUAUCGAGAUGAAAAAUGAUGUGAUUAAGGAUCUUACAGAAGGUAGUAGCUGCAUAAUUUCAUCCUAUGCACGUCGUGAAAUUGUUCCCGUCGAUAGGUACAAUUAAAUGUGCCAAAGUUGAAAUGGGUAAAGCAAAAUGUGUGA